GCACUAUAAAAUGCAUACAGCAUUCCUCUCAAAGACUACUUCUAUAACCACCAUCAAGACCUGCAUAAUAUAGAAAUUUAGCUAUUUCUCUUUCUGUUUAUUUCUUCGAGUAAGUAAUAUUUGGUUUCUGUGAUUAUGGCUACUGGGCAAGCACCAGGCAACCCCAUUCCAGCCGUGAGAACAUACCCGCCGGUGGAGCAUCCAGUGGUAGUAAUAGGGCCACAGUACCUGGCACAGUACCCUGUUGAACUCGCCGUCUCUACAAAGCUAUGGACUCUUGGAGAGAAUGAUUUUAAGGUGUCUGACAUUAAUGGCACCCUCAUCUUCCAGGUCAAGAGUAAACUCUUAACCCUACAUGAUCGUCGUUUUCUGAAAGAUGCAGCCGGUAACACCCUUGUCAAUCUCAGGCAGAAGAUAAGGACCAUGCAUCGGAGGUGGGAAGCUUUUAGAGGAGAAAGCAAGGAGGAGAAAGAUUUGCUUUUCACAGCCAAGAAAUCAAAGCUGUUCCAAUUCAAAACUGAGUUAGACGUAUUCUUGGCUAACAACAAAGGAGAGGUCCCUGAUUUCAAGGUCAAAGGAGGGUACGGCGAGAGUUCCUGCUCUAUACUUCUUGGAGAUUCCAAUGCCAUGCUUGCACAAAUGCAUAGAUUACACUCUCUCACGACAAUGAUCUUGGAUACAGAUAGUUUUGGAGUGACUGUUUAUCCUAAUGUUGAUUAUGCCUUCAUAGUAGCUCUUGUGGUGAUUCUCGAUGAGAUCAAUGCGGACCGUAGUGGCGAAGAUUAAAUACAGCUUUUGUUUUAUUUCACGAGACGUUUUCAAGUUGUAUUGCUUUUUUAUUGUAAGAAUAAAUACAAUGCAUUCUUUAUUGCUUUUUCCUAAUGUAAAAUGUAUGCUUUGUGGAUGACAUAAAGCGUAAAAUAUAUAAUGUUUGUUAAGCUUUAUAAUCAUUUAUUUAAUGUGUUUUGAAUUCUGAUCAAA